UUAAAUUCUACGUUGUAUGUUUCAUUUUAGAUUUUUAUGCCCUAAUAUGUGUUUCUUCAAAUUGCUUUUUUGUCUAAAUUUUGCUCUACAAGUGGCACAUUCAAAAGGAUAAAUAUCGGAAUGUGUUAGUUUGUGAUUCUUCCAUUCGCCUAAUCGUUUAAAUUUUGCAUUGCAAGUGUCACAUUCAAAAGGAAAAAUAUUCGAGUGUAUCAGUUGGUGACUCUUCAAGUCGGGUUUUCGUUUGAAUUUUGCUUUGCAAGUGUCACAUUCAAAUGGAUAAAUAUCCGAAUGUGUUACUUUGUGUUUCUUCAAUUCGUCUUUUCGUUUAAAUUUUGCUUUGCAAGAGUCACAUUCAAAAGAAUAAAUAUCAGAGUGUGUCAGUUUGUGAUUCUUCAAUUCGCCUUUUCGUUUAAAUUUUGCUUUGCAAGUGUCACAUUCAAAAGGAUAAAUAUCCGAAUGUAUUAUUUGGUGCCUCUUCAAAACGGUUUCAAGUUUAAAUUUUGUUUUGCAAGUUUCACAUUCGAAAGGAUAAAUAUCCGAAUGUGUUAAUUUGUGUUCCUUUAAAUUGUUUUUCCGUUUAAAUUUUG